AUGAGUGAUUUCAUUCCGUUGAGGACUAAGUCGACCCCUGCAGCACAAUUAAAUUGUAAUGCCCCUCCAUUUAAAAAACGGAAAGGAGUUGAACAACCAAUUGCUGUUAAACCAUUAAAAGAAGAAGAAACCGAUGUUAUUAAACAGAAAGGACAACAAACAAUCAUUACUCCAACAGCAACGCCCAUAGUUCAUGAAAUAUCUCCAACAACUAAUUUAAUUACAUUAGAAAAAAUAGCUUCAUCAAAAACAUGGAAAAGAAGUAAACCUGUUGAACAUAAAAUUAUGAAAAACGAAAAAACUGGGAUAACAAAACAAAUAGACAAGAAAGUAAUCUCAGAAAGAGAAGAAAAAAACGGUUCAGUUCCAAUUAAAUUUGAACAACAAACAUUGAAAUAUGCAUUUUUUGUUAGAAGAAAGAAAGAAAAUAAAAUCACCUCUACUCCUUUAACUGAUGAGGAGUCUCAACAAAAAGAAAAAAAAGUCAUUGAAGAAAAAAAUAAUCCACAAAACGAACAACCAACAAUAGAAAAUCAAGUCCUUGUAAAUGAAGAAAAUCCCCAGAAAGAAGAAGUAAAAGAAGAGGUUAAGGAAAAGACCGAAGAAGAAAAGAAACCUGAAAGUAAAAAGGAAAAGAGAAAUAAGAAAAGAAAUUAUAAGCGUGAAUAUGAAGAGGAACAGAUAGAAGAACAGGAAGUUAUUGAAAGUCUUGAAGAAGAUGAGUGGAAACAAGUUGACAAAAGUGGAAAAGUUCGACCUGUUAAAGACAAAAAAGGGGAAUCAAAGAAACAACGUAAAAAGAAAGAAGAAGAAGAAAAGAAAAAGAGAAAAGAAGAGGAAGAAAGAAAAAGAAAAGAAGAAGAAGAAAGAAUUAAAAAGGAAGAAGAAGAAAAAGCAAGAAAAGAAGAAGAAGAGCGUAUUAAAAAAGAAGAAGAAGAGAGAAAGAGAAAAGAAGAAGAAGAAAGAAUUAAAAAAGAAGAAGAAGAGAGAAAGAGAAAAGAGGAGGAAGAGAGAAAUAAAGAAGAAGAAGAAAGAAAAAGAAAAGAAGAAGAAGAAAAAGUAAGAAAAGAAGAAGAAGAAAGAAAGAAAAAAGAAGAAGAAAUGAAAAAUAUAUUUACAAGGACAUUAAAAGAAUCUAAGAAUGAAGGAGGGAAAAGAUAUAAUUUAAGUGAAAUGGAAAGUUAUAGGAAAUGUGGAAUAAAAUUACCAGAAGAUGUUAGGAAUCGAUUUAAUCUUAUUUAUCAUGAAACAGUAGAAAGAAUAGAAAAUUCAAAAAGUAGAAAUGAACCUAAACCAAUUACAUUAUUUUCAAGUAUGUUAGAUGAGAAUCAAAAGAAAGUAUCAAAAAUGUUAGUAAUAUUAAAUCAAUUAUCACAAGAAACGAAUUUAGAAGAAGCAGCGAAAUCAUUAAUAUAUUAUUUAAGAAGUGAAGAAGAUAUUAAAAUAUUUAUUACACAAUUUGUUAAAAGAUGUGUUAAUGAAAAUAAAUUUUGUAAAUUAUAUGUUCGAUUUAUUCAAACACUUCGACAACAAAAUGGAUUAACACAAAAUGUAGCACAAGGAGCAACAAUAUUAAGUGGAGCAUUAUUAGAGAAAGCAUAUGACUAUUUUCAUAAAUUACCAGAACCAAAAAUAAUUCAAGAAGGAAUGAGUCAACAAGAAAUCGAAAAAUUAAAAGAAGAAGAAUCUAUUGAACAAGUUGAAUAUCGAGGAACAGUUAAUUUAAUUGCAAAUUUAUUUGAAUUAGGAUUAGUUAAUGAACGAUUACCAUUAACAUGUUUACAAGAACUAUCAAAAGAUGUAAAUGAUAUGAAAAUUGAUGCAUACAUUACACUAUGCUCUAAAAUAGGAGAAAAAAUGAUGAACACUGACAACACAAGUCCAAUUUAUGGAGAAAUCAUUGAAGUCUUUAACAAAGCAAAAGAAUUAGAAAAAAAUAAUAAUCUAAGUAAACGAAUUCGACUCUUAUUAAUGAAUAUUAUUCAAAUGAUGGAAUCAGGUUGGACUGUUUCUCCAUUUAUUUCUCUUCAAUCCACACCAAUGCCACAAACUCCUAGUCUCACUUCUUCUGCUACACCACUAGGAAAUCCAAAUGAUAGUUUAAUGAUUUCGACUCAUCACAAAAUGAAAAAAGAAGAAAUUUCUGUACCAAAAGCAUCAAUCAAGUACUCUUCAAAAUAA